AUGGACAUCGACGCCAUCAUGAACUUGCUCCCGCACCGAUAUCCGUUCCUGCUCGUGGACCGCGUGGUGGAGAUCGAGGUCGGGUCGUACGCCAUCGGCGUGAAGAACGUGACCAUCAACGAUAACUUCUUCCCGGGACACUUUCCGCAGCGACCGAUCAUGCCGGGGGUGUUGAUGGUGGAAGCUAUGGCGCAGGUCGGUGGGUUGGUGAUGUUGGAACCUGGUGAAGAAGGCGCUGGCGGUACCCAAAAGCAAUUCUUCUUCGCCGGGAUCGACGGCGUCAAGUUCCGUCGUCCCGUGGUUCCGGGUGACACCCUCGUCAUGAAGGUUGUCCUCACCAAGCUCAACAAGCGUUUCGGGAUCGCGAAAAUGAAGGGUCAAUGCUUCGUUGGAGACGAGCUCGCGUGCGAAGCCGAGCUCACCUUGGCGCUCGGCGCGUAA